AUGGAUGGAAGGGUUGUGGUGACAUGCACUGUUGUGGGACUCUUGGGGCUAUUAUCCGCUGCUGCUGGUUUUGCUGCCGAGGCUACAAGGAUUACGCGUUCUCAGGUUUAUGAUUGUGCAUUAUACCCUGAGAGUCCAGCCGUGGCUCUUGGUUUAAUUGCUGCACUAAGCCUUAUGAUAGCUCAAAUAAUCAUAACCGUCUCAACCGGGUGUAUCUGUUGUUGCCAAAGAAGAUUUCAAUUUCCUUCUGACAAAAAUACGAGGCUAGCACGGGUUUCUUGGUCAUUAUUUGUGAUAGCUUUUGUUUUGUUGGUGGUUGGUGCUGUAUUUAAUGAUCAAAAUACUGAAGAGAACAUGUACUUAAGCAAUGGCAAGUGCUAUGUUGUGAAACCUGGAGUCUUUGCUGGAGGUGCCCUUUUGUCCCUUGUAUGCGUGACUCUUGGUAUUAUCUCCUAUGUCACCCUAACUUCAGCCAAGAACAGUAACAACCCACCGGCCGGCAAUCCUAAUGAAGGAGAGAUAGCUAUUGGACAACCUCAGUUCCCACCACAGAGGACUCAACAACCUGUUUGA